AUGAUAAGAUUUAAAAAUUGGUUUAAAAAUUUAUAUGAAAAUGAUAUGGAUCGAUUAGAAAGAAUUCUAGCAACUAUGAAAACACGUUCAGUAUUAACCAAACAUUAUGAAAUCGAUACUUUACAUAGUAUUGCAUAUGGUGAAAACAACAACAAAAAUAAUAAUAAUAACAAUAAUAAUAAUAAUUCCUCAAUAAAUAAUAAAAAUAAUAGUCAUAAUUGUAGUGAGGAUAGUAGUGUACAUUUACAAAUGAAAAAUUUUUAUUUACCAGAUAUAAUAAUUAAUGAGAUAGUUAGAAAUUAUUUAUUUGAAGAUGAAAGAAUGGAUGAUGGAUUUAUUAAAAAUGAUAAUUUAUUAUUAUUAGCAUUAGUAUCAAAACAAUUCUUUAAAGUAUUAUUAAAAAUAUUAAAUAUAUUAAAUAAUGAAUGUAUUGAAUGGAAAGCAUGCAUAUAUUUAAAUAAUAAAGAAUUCAAUAUUUAUAGAAAUUCAUUUUUUCAUUUUAAUUAUGAAUUAGUUAAAUCAAUACCAUAUUCAAGUAGUAGGGAAUAUUUAGAAUUAUUAUUCUCAAGAGUUCAAUCAUUUUAUAUUAAAACUGAUGAGCAUGAUAUAGAAUCAUAUGAUGGACUUUCUAGAGAUCUUGAAUUUCCUGAAUAUAGAUGUGGUGUUGAUAUUAGAAAAUAUCAUGAUGAUUAUGAUACCUAUAAAGAAGGAAUUGUGUCAUCUGGAUAUUUAAUUUCACUACCACCAAUGAUGCAAUCAUUACAAAGUUUAUCAAUUCAUUCAUUUUAUGGAUAUUCAAGCAACUAUGAAAAUUUUUUAAAAGAUAUAUUAAUAAAAAAUUUUAAAACUACUAAACUUGAUAAUGGUGGUGAUGGUGGUGAUGGUAGUUGUGGUGGUGGAUGUGGUGGAUGUGGUGGUAUUAAAAAUUUUUCAAUUCACUUUUGUAAUGAUUGGAAAGGAGAACCAGACUAUGAUCUUAGUUUUAUUGUAGAUAUUUUAAAAAACCAUUCAAAUACAUUGGAAAAAGUUAUAUUUAAUUGUUUAGAUGCUUAUAAUAUAGGUUCAGUUCAUUUUGAAGAUAUUAUUUUAACAAUCAAUAAGCAAUCAAAGAACAAAAUAGAUUGGAAGAUAGUUGACAGAGUAUGA